AUGGGACCUAGCGCCAACUGGCCAGCGCCAGCACCCCUCCCCAAGUGCCGCGAAGUCGCCAUAUUGGCUCCCCCUGUCGAGGGGCUCUCUCUCCUGACUACCUGGGCGGAGGGGGCUCUGCCUGACGCGCCUCGCGCGCGCCUUCGGCUCGCCCUUCUCGGCUGCCUUCCGCCCGCCAGACCGGCCAUCUCCCCCGCCGCGCCAACUGGCGCCCCCACCCCCUCGACCUACCCGGCGGCCUCGCCCGGCCCCUCUCCCAGGGCCGCGACGCGCCACCCGCGGCCCCCUCGCCCCGGGCCUGGAGGACUAAGGACCGCCUGUAGCGUGGUUGCGUGGGCACCGGUGCGCCGGGGUAUCCUACCGCGAGGGUCACCCCUGCCAGGGCCCCAACCGUAA